AUGGACGACGCGCUUUACGAUACGUCGUUGACGCUUUACGCCGUGACUGAGUCCACGACACCACUUGGUUCACUCCUCAAUUGUGACCUAAACAGUCUCAACACUAACGCGCUGAAACUUCGCGACCACCUUUCGAGCGGCCGUGCACGCUAUGAGGACGAAGAGGAACAGGAGAAGAUCGGCGGGCUGCGCGAUUGUACCUGGAGUCAUCUUCGCCAGGAUGACCGUUCGACACACGGCAUCCUAGUCACACUUCUCUACGACAAGAUCACUUAUAGAUUCAUCUUUUAUGUCAAGCCUACCUCCUCCUCAUCAACAACAAGGGCAGGCAGCAGACGGCAAAAGGCGCCGUCAGCGGCGCCACCAUCAGCUUCAUCACUGCCGCUACUCUUCAUCAAGGCCUCAACCUCGCUCACGGCCCGCUUCCUCGCCUUCCUCACAAUCCACUUCCAAGCACCAACCAUAAUGCCCCUCAAACUCCCGGCUUCACAUCUUCCGGUCACACUCUCGUCCUACAUCGCCAGUCUGGUAUCUGCACACGCCACAGUUGCGAAUGACUACGCCCUGCAGGCCUUCCUCCAGGACACCAUCGGCGCAACCAAACUGACCAUCUCCAUCACCUCCGCCGAAAUCGCCAAGCAUCUCCGCACAAUCGACGUCGACGUGCCACACGAGACGCUGUUCCAGCUCAUUGAACAGGGCCGCAACGAUGCCGCGCACGAGAACUUUCUCGAAGCACUGAGACACCAUGUUCACCAGCGGACUGGUCUCCUACUGCCGCUGACGGCCGCACAACAACAUCAAUCAGCAGUCACUGCUUCCGGAAACGAGCCUGAUUCUACGGCACCAGAACCACCCCUGAAGCUGACUCGAAUCUCGAACUCAGCCUUUGCGCUCGGUAGCGAAGGCCGACUGAAAUUCAGCACGAAAGCCGUGGCAGCCGUCGAUGCAGUCGCCGGUCUGCCAAGUGGGCCACAGGAGAAUAUCGUGCGGCGGGCAAAUUUGCAGCUGUUGGAGGGACUGUUGGAUGCUGCCGCUGCAGUCUCUAAAGGCACCAACGAUGGCGACAAUUGA